UACCUAGUUGAGAAAUUCUACUAUAUUGUGCUAAAAAUUAGUUAAAGGUGGUUGCUCUUUGGUAGACAUGUUUGAUAAUCUUACUAAAGCUAAAGGCAUCUUUUAGAGUAUACAUCUGGAACCCACAAGUUCUAAGUCUCUAACUAAUGACUUUAGGCCAGACAAGUUAACUUUUGGAAUUGUGUAAGUCAGCACUUACGUAUUUUGGAAUAUGUACCAUCUAUGCUAUAUAUAAUUACCCAUCUUCCUUAAUCAGACAAAAGCCAUUCAAGGCUAGCAAUAUUGUCCCAGUUUUACAGCUGAGCAGGUGGUGAAGUUUGAAUUCAAGUGUAGAUGACUCCAGAACACUUCCAUUUUUACUGUCCUGACUCACUUAUUCAGAGGCUUGUCUGCAGAUUAAUGAUUUUUAGAUGGUGUUGUAAGGAUCUGGGUAUAGGUUCUUUGUAUAUAGGUUCUUUUUGUAUAGGUUCUUUGGAAGUUUGGGAAAACAUUUUUUUGCUUGAGAAAUACGUCAUCCCUUUCACUUGUUUUUACACAUUUGGACUCUGUCUGAAGUUUUUCUGUUCUAAAACAUUUGAAGUCUCCUGCUCUAGAAACCUGAGACCUAUCUAGAAUGAAUAUGUAUUAGAAAAUCAAAACAUAGAUUAUCAUAAUUUAUAUUUUUCAGUGAACAGACUUUUCAGUUAUAUUUCUAUUCCUAAUGAUGUUUUCUGUAGCCUAAUACCAAAAUGACAUUGAGGUGAUUGAACACACUAUUAAUAGGGUGGGGAAGUGAUUAGAGUUAAAAAUUUAUGCUGAAAAUGGCCAAUUUACAGCACAGGGUUCACGCCCCACACCAGGUCUUGGUGCCUUUAAAGGCUGCACUAAGCGUGAUGUAAUGACAGGUUAAACCUCUGAAUGCCUGAGCUGACGCAAUGCAGAUUGGAGGCCCUGGACUUUACUGGGGCAAGGGUAAUGCUUAUUUAAAAACAAAACAAGCUACUCUGUUUAAUGAGGCCGUUUAAGAUGGUUUUCCUAGAGUAGGAAGAGAAUAAAAUCUAAAUUUGGAGGUUUAAAGCGGGAGUUUAAUAUGGAUAUGUGUGCUUACUACUCUCGCUACAAAAUCUUCCUGAAGGGAGGAGUUUAAGGUGCCGACGGUGGUAAAAAUGGAGAAGUGAGUUACAGUUGAGGAAAUAAGGUAGUUAACGCUCGUUAAAUAGUUACUGAACAAAGUAGGGAGAAUACUUUUACUUAAUAAAAAUCUAGCGUCCGCAGGGUUAACUGGCUGAGUAUAUUGUGGCAGAGAUGUGUGCUUGUCUGGUCGCGUAUUUCCCACAUAAUUCUGUGUAGACUUUGGGUUGAAACCAUGCAAAAUUGCCGAUAUCCGACUGUUUGGGCCUACAGAAAUGGAGUGUUUCAGCUUUCUAGUAAGCUGAUGGAAGUGCUGAGGCGUGCACAGUAUCACCGGGGAUUGAGGAUCGCCGGGUUUUACGGGGUUUUACUCGGCUGGGUGCCUGGGUGGGAGUGCGCGCUCCUGGUUCAAGAGCCGCCUGGGAGCUGCCCCAGACAGGGUGGGGCGGAGCCUUAAGCCCCGCCCCCGUACGCCUCCCCGCCUCUCGCCAGCCGCGGCAGCCUCCGCCCUGUGCAGAGAGAGCCUGCGGCCGCCUGGCCCUGCGUUGACGCAGACUCUCCAGCUGCGGGCCGGAUCCUGCAGUAGUAGCUCGAGCUGGCACCGAGAGCGCACGUAGUCGACCAGUCGCCUCUACGCACCCUUCAGCCCUGUUCUUCACCCAGCUGGCAGGAGCCUAGCCGAUGAAUUUGGGGAAGACAGACUUCCGAGACAGACGAAGGUUUAGGGCCCAGCAGAGGACAGCUCAGCAAUGGCUCCCAUUUUUGGAGACGCAGGCGAAUUUGAGCUCAUGGGGAGGUGUGGUCGACUCCUCUUGGAACAGGAGUGGGCAUCAGUUCUCUUCUUCAGUAGCCAGUGCUUCUGAGGAGUGAAUGGAGUGUAUGCAGUAGGGCAUGUGCCGCCUUUUGAAAACUAGACCCAGGACAUGUUUAGGAACAGAAGGUAUCCAGGAGAGCCCUCUGUUGCAAGUUGUCUUUGCUUCUGGGGGAAAGGCUGUGAGCUCUCUGACUUCUCAUGACCGGGAAGUCUCCCUUACCUUUUCUGUACUCCUGGAGAGGCGUCUUGCUCACUUGUUUACCAGCAUCUGGGACAAGGAAGAGAAAAGAAAUAUGGCUUGUGGUUAUUAAGUACAUACUCUUAGGACAUAAAUGGACUGAUUUUUUUGUCAUCCCCAAGAAAGCGGCCCACUAUAUCCUGGGAAAAGAAAUGAGCCGUCAGACUGCAACAGCAUUACCUACUGGAACCUCAAAGUGCGCACCGUCCCAGAGGGUGCCUGCCCUGACGGGCACAACCGCCUCCAACAAUGACCUGGCGAGUCUCUUUGAGUGUCCCGUCUGCUUCGACUAUGUGUUACCACCCAUUCUUCAGUGCCAGAGUGGCCAUCUUGUUUGUAGCAACUGUCGCCCAAAGCUCACAUGUUGUCCAACUUGCCGGGGCCCGCUGGGAUCCAUUCGCAACUUGGCUAUGGAGAAAGUGGCCAAUUCAGUACUUUUCCCUUGUAAAUAUGCUUCUUCUGGAUGUGAAAUAACUCUGCCACACACAGAAAAAGCAGAUCACGAAGAGCUCUGUGAGUUUAGGCCUUACUCCUGUCCGUGCCCUGGUGCUUCCUGUAAGUGGCAAGGCUCUCUGGAUGCCGUCAUGCCGCAUCUGAUGCAUCAGCACAAGUCCAUCACGACCCUGCAGGGAGAGGACAUAGUGUUCCUUGCCACAGACAUUAAUCUUCCUGGUGCUGUUGACUGGGUGAUGAUGCAGUCCUGUUUUGGCUUUCACUUCAUGUUGGUCUUGGAGAAACAGGAAAAAUAUGAUGGUCACCAGCAAUUCUUUGCAAUUGUACAGCUGAUAGGAACACGCAAGCAAGCUGAAAAUUUUGCUUAUCGACUUGAGCUAAAUGGUCAUAGGCGGCGAUUGACUUGGGAAGCCACUCCUCGAUCUAUUCAUGAGGGAAUUGCAACAGCCAUUAUGAACAGUGACUGCCUAGUCUUUGACACCAGCAUUGCACAGCUCUUUGCAGAAAACGGCAAUUUAGGCAUCAAUGUAACUAUUUCCAUGUGUUGAAAUGGCAAUCAAACAUUUUCUGGCCAGUGUUUAAAACCAUUGCAUUCAAUUUCACAGAGAAUAAGGCACCUGUCUGCCUACCAACCAAAAACUUGUGGUAGGUGGAAGCUAGACACAUGAAGGUAAAUAAAAGGAAAGGCUGUUAAAUACAGGAAACAGUUGCAUGUAAUAACACUAAUAUAUUUAAAAAUAAGUCAACAGUAAACCACUGAAAAAUAAAUAUAUAUAUAUAUAUACACCCAAGAUGGGCAUCUUUUGUAUUAAGAAAGGAAGCAUUGUAAAAUAAUUCUGAAUUUGUGUUUGUUGUAGAUCGAGUGUACUGUUGAGAAAUACUGGGUUCUUGUUUGUUUCUUUGUGUGCCUGUGCGUGUGCGUGCGCGUGCGUGUGAGUGUGCUUGGGUUUUUUUCCUUUAACUGACAAGCCAUGCUGAGUGGUCUUGGGCCACUGCUUUUCCCUCUGAGUCAAUACAUAGUGCUGCUGUGUGUGUGUAUUUUUUUGUGUGUGUGUAUUUGCUAAUUUUUAUUAAUUCUAGUUUUUCAUUAAAUAAAUUUGACUUUCUUUUCUGUAAUUCAGGUUUUUCCUCACUUUUUUUUGUACCUUUUAAAGUUAGUGUCUUUUUGAUAUGCAUAAUUGUUGAUGGUAAAAUUUAUACAUGUGUUCGAUACAUAUUUUCUUUUCCCCCAUUAAUCAGUUCAUUAGAAAUAUUUUAAAUUCAACUGUUUCGUGAAGAUAUGAGUUUCAGAAAGGAAAGAUAACAUCAGAAGAAUUAUCAGAAGCUAUUUAAAGCAGCUAUAAAAUGGUCUCCCUCUCUUCUCCAGUUGAGUCAUACCUUCAAACUUAUUCUUUGUAAGAUUAGGGAGCACUGAUUUUUUUUUUUUAAUACUGGGGAAAAAAAAUCAGGCUCUCCCUUCCCCCCACAUAUCUUGGACAAAUCACAUAUGUUUAAAAUUUGUUCUUGUAUUUAUUGGUUUUGCAAAAGAAGGCAUCGUCUCACACAGUAUUUGUAAUUAAAAGCAAAUCAUUUGUUUAAAAAAAAGGCAGUUUGCAAAAAAAUGUUUUUGGUCUUUUAUAAUUCUCAUUAAAAGAAUAUCUGGCAAAUUAAAAACUCUUACGUGUCUGCUUUAGCUCUUAAGUUUGAAGAUAUAGCAAAAGAAUGGGUUAUGGCCUCUGUUCGGCCUACAGAGUCUAGUUUUCUUCCUUUCUCUAGCUUUCAGUUUGAUUCCCAUAACUCUGUUAGGAGGCCAGUUAAUUAAAAUACUGAUCACUCCCCACUCCCAACCCCCCCACACCCCUUUAACAGCAAAAAAAUGAGUUGGUGUUUUACAGCCUAGUGGUUACAGCCUGGCUUCUGCAGCCAGACUUCAGGGACCUAGCCGCCUCUGCUACCUUUACUCACUUAAUCAGCUGUGUGAUGUUGGGCUCCCUUUUACUAGUGUGUAAAAUGGGGUUAAUUAUAGUAGCUACCUUCAAGGGUUAAAUGGGAUGGAUACAAGUUACCAAGGACAGUGCUCUGCACUUAAUAAGCACCCAACAAAUGUUAGAUGCUAUUAUUAUACUUAUAACUAGCACCAUCUAGUUAACUGUUGCUAGUUACCCUGAAGCAUCUAAAAAGAUUCU